AUGGCCUGGCAAUAUCUGCCUCGAUUUCUAGUCUUUGUGGCUCUUCUCGCAAGUCCAGCUUACUGCCAGAAUUGUAACAAUGCACCCACUGAAGCUCUGCAAAUCAUUUGUAGCCAAAUAGCCGCAUGGAAUGCAAACGCCAGGAACCAACCUACAAUCUCAACUGCGUCUGUGGCAGCCCCAGGAGGUGCUGGCGGUGGGAUAAGCACUCUGGCUGUUUCGGAAAAUCCUAGAACCGCCUAUGAAUGCAUGGAUAUCGCGUGUCUAUGUACUUUCUUUGGUGGUACCGGCGGAAAUAACUGUGUUCUGCCCGGCGGAGCUCGCUUGGGACGUGCAUUACGCAAGGAGUAUCGCGUGAUGACAGAUGCGGAGAGAAAUAGGUAUCAUACUGCUAUGUGGACUAUCAAAGGCAAUGGUGACUACGAUACCUUGUCAAGAAUUCAUUCCUCAUUCGUCACCUCACCUGGAGCGCAUUCUGGACCAGCUUUUUUGCCAUGGCAUCGAGAGUUCAUCAAGAGAAUCGAAAUUGCUUUGCGUCGAGUUGAUCCUUCAGUAGCCUUACCAUACUGGGACUCUACAAUGGAUUCGACUAUACCAAAUCCAACCGAAUCGUCUAUGUUCACGAAUGAAUUGCAAGGUCGAACAUCACCGGAUGGUUUGAUUGCAACUGGAGCAUUCAGAGGAUGGCGUACUGUAGAUAAUUCGAGAGUUUUCCGAAGGAGUAUUGGGUCACAAGGUAGACUAUUCGUGGAAUCCGAUAUCACUGCCGUAUUGAAUACCAAUGAUUACACUCAAGUGCUUGCGUAUACUGCUCCGAGCAAUGGCUGCCCUAACCCAGCAAACUGGGCAGCAUUCGAGUAUUCACAUGGAAAUCCUCAUAUCUGGAUAGGAGGUGACAUGUUUACGCCAACAACAUCAACAAAUGAUCCAAUUUUCUGGAACCAUCACUCUUUCGUCGAUUUGAUUUGGGAAAAUUGGAGGCAAGCUCGACAGAGUAGAGCUGCUCGAGAAUCGCAAUAUCCACCGAAUAAUCCUCAGUGCAGCAGUGAAGCCCAUUAUGGAAACAAUAUUAUGCAACCGUUCUUCCCUAUGACCAACCGUGAUGGAUUGCUGAACUCAUAUACAGAUAAUCUCUACACUUUCCAAGCAAGACCUACUUGUUCGGCUGGGAACCCUGCUGGAUGUGGAUCUAGUAAACAAACAGAUAAUCAAAUUAAUAAAAGAUCGCAUGCCAGGUUCCUCUUCUGUGAUUUAUCUCAUGGCGCUCCAAGGUGUGCUGCGAAAAUAGCUGUUAAUGGAAACUGUGGAGGUUAUACCAGAAAUGAGGAUCGGUGCUAUCUCAGUGUUUGUCAAAAUAAUCGUUGUAUAUCCACUCAGAAUCCUCCUGCCACCACUCAACCACCUAUUGUUACUACAACUCCAGCUGGUCAAAAUCAAGAGACUUGCUUCAAUGAGCAACAGUGCUGUUCCAUAUGGGCUGCCAGAGGAGAAUGCCAACGAAAUCCCAAUUACAUGAAUAGUUGGUGUAGAGCCAGUUGUGGUAUCUGUCGUCCAACCACUUACAAUCUUAACACGGAAUGUUCUAAUCGUCAUCCCACAUGUCAAGCAUGGGCUGCUCGUGGGGAAUGUCAAAAUAAUCCCGCUUGGAUGACAGAAAAUUGUAGACAAGCAUGUAAUUUGUGUGGAACUACAAGAGCACAAGCCUGUGGUCAAGGAGGGGGCAACCCAACAACAACGCAACGACCACCUCCAGCAGGGCAAUUUACAUGUCUCAAUCAACAUUACUGCUGUAUUGCUUGGGCAGCUCGUGGAUACUGUACCAGUCAAACAGCCUAUAUGAAUCAGUACUGUCAACCGUCUUGUAAUUUCUGUCGAGGAUCACAGCCACCGCCGCUGUGGAACUCCCAGACUUGCGUCGACUUCAGCUCGAAUUGUCAGGCAUGGGCUAGUCAAGGUCAAUGUAAUUCUAAUCAACAAUAUAUGUGGGAAAAUUGUAAACAGACGUGCGGACGUUGCGCUCUAACCAAUCUCAACACUCGUCUGGCCACCUGUGGGUUUACAAGACGGCUUUCACGCAAUGGGCGCCCUAUUUCUACCUUCCGAGUGAACCCGUUCCAUUUACCACUAAGAAGACAGUCUUCUCUGGUCUCGCUAGCACCUGCUCCUGCGACAGGAGCUUCUCUGGCGCCACCGCCCCUAAACAGAAAAGCCCUCCCAAAAGCUCGAUUAAGUAGAAGGCCAGCACAACGUGAGAGAUUGCUGAGGCCAUCGGGAAUGGCUGUUUUUUGA